AUGUCGGAUGAUCAAAUCCCCGACCAAAAUUUACAGCAACAAGAAACUAAACCUUCCGAAAUAGCACCCACUGAUCCAGAAAAUCCUCCACAAGAAGAAAAUAUUGAAGAAUUUCCAGGCUAUUCUGACUUUAAAAAAUGUUGUUGCUGCACGAAAAUGUCUAAUGGCGCUCUUUUCUGCGGACAUUGGUAUUGUGCUCCAGGCAUGCCUAUUUUUGUAGUUACACAGGCUCUUGCCAAUUUAGGAAUUCUUUAUUGGAUUCCAUUCUUCAAUUUACAAAUUUACGGGAAAAUUUUUAUACCAAUCAUAACAGUAUUCGGAAUAAUGUUCAUUUUUUGUUAUCUUAAGACAAUAUACGACGGUCCUGGAUAUAUUCCAUUUUAUUAUUACUGGGCAAUUCAUGAUAAACUUCCACCAAACAACGAAAUCUUAGUAGAUACAUUAGAAGAUUCAUAUUAUGGCGUUAUUACGAACGAUACUCAGUACAAAAGGGCUCAUGAUAAUCCGACUCCAGGCAGAUGCAUUGUUUCAAAAUUAGCGAAGCGCUUCGUCAUUAGACCCGAUCAUUUUUGCGGAUGGGUUGGUUCAUGGAUAGGAAAACGCAAUCAUAAAAUGUUUUUCUGCUUUAAUUUCUGGGGAAGCAUAUAUUUAUCCUUAUCAGCAAUGGCCCAUCUUGCUGGUACUGUUAUUAUAUUACUUGAUGGAAUGAACUACAGAGUUUUUGUUGAAUUUGUUUUUGUUAUUUUUGCAUUGAUGUAUGCAGCUAUGACCAUGCAAUUUGCAUAUUCAGUGUGGAAUAACGCAAAGAAGAAUAUUACUUCUUGGGAAGAGUGGAAUAACAUCAAAUAUGGCUUUGAACAAGAAACAGAAUCAGACAAUAUUGCUGAUUUAUUUGGACCAGAUCACAGAUGGUGGAAAGUCAUUUUACCAAUAAAUCCAUGGAAAAAUAUGUCGAAUGCGGAUUUGAUCAAAGAUUAUCCAACAUAUCAGCAAAUUAAAUCAAACCAGGCUUUGCUCCACACCGAUUAA